AUGCAGUUCUCCAUCGUCCUCCUUGCCGCUGCCGCCGGCCUCGUUUCUGCCGGUAACGCCACUGCCGUCGUCACCCAAAUUGGUGAUGGCCAGAUUCAAGCUCCCCCUUCUGCCGCCCCUGUCCAGGCCAACGGAGCUGCUGCCCUCGGUGUCUCUGCCGCCGCCGCCGGCGUUGUUGCUGCCGCAGCCAUGCUCAUCUAA